AUGCUUUUUUUUUUAUUUGUCUGCAUUUGUCUGCCUUUUGUUUUGUUUAUUCAUGGGGCGGCUUUGCCUGGAUUUUUAUUUUUAUUUUUUCUAUGCACUUUUUCUUCAUUCAGAGUCGUUAUGAACUUAGAUGUUAUUGACGCGACGGCGGAGGCGCUUCCGCUGGAACUGCUGAACGCGACAAACAAGGAGCUGACGGCACAGCUUUCACGCCAUGAGCAGCUGUGUGAUGAAAAGCUACGUGAUGUAGAGGAUUUGCGGCGGCGGCUACAAUUUAUGAAGGAGCACCUUAGCAAUGUGCGUGGGGAGAUUGUGAGCACCCAGAGCCUGGUGGAGUGCAAGCGGCGCGAGGUGGACUCGGAAACGCACAUGUACCGUCUCCUUGACCGCGAGUGUGGCCGGUUGAAACAGGAGCAGAGUCAUAUGCAGGCCCAGCAGGCGGAGGUGCAGGAGCGGCUGCAGGCAGUGCAGAACCUCAUAUUUCAGGAGAACCUGCGCAUGGCCGAGCUGAAGGGAGCAAUGACGUUCAACCAGGAGGAGCUUGAGCAGUGGGACAUUGCACGCAAGCAGAAGGAAGCGGACGAGGAGGCCGUGGCGCGCUACACGAAGGAUGAUGAGGUGCGGGUACGUCAGCUGAACACGGCCGUUGAGCGGCUUGAGGCGAAACUGCGUGACCGCAAGCGCCAGCUGGAGGAGGAGGUGAUGGUGACACGCAAUGUGCAGCUGGAGCUGGAUCGCAGCGCGGUGGAAUAUCGCAAGCUGCACCAUGACCGCGGGUCGCUGCUGGACGAGUGGGAGGCUGUUGUGAGGACGAUUCACGAGCGCGACGCGGCGAUUCGCUCGGCGGCGAUGCGGUACGCGGAAGGUGCGGAGUGGCUGGGGCAGCGGCGAGCGGUGCUGAUGGCGCUGUCGGCCGAGCUUGACACGGCGCGCGACGAGGAGGCGAUGACGCGGGUGGGCAUCAAGGAGCGUGAGCAGCGCGCGGAGAAGCACCGUGACGUUCUGGUGUCGCUUGAGGGGCACGUUGUGGCGAUGGAGGAGGAGGUGGAAACACUUCGUGAGCAGCUGGCGCGUGCUGUGCGGGAGCGCAACAACAGCCGCAUUCGUGCCGAAGAGAGCCGGGCGGCUGUGGCGCAGAGGGCGGCGGCGUACGACCGCGUGGUGGAGAAGCGGGCGCAGACAAAGAAGCAGCUGCACGGUGAAUUUGACACGGCGAUGGAUCUCGAGCAGCAGCGGGCCACAAUUGCGCGACUGCUGCAGGAGGCGCGUGCGACGGACCGGCGCCUAGAAAAGGAGGUGGAGGAGCUGAAGCGCGAGAACUUCGGAGCGGGUGAGCGACUUCAGGCGGCCGGUCGCCUGCAGGAUGAACUCAUUGCGGAGAUUAGCGGUGGGCAGGCGCAGGGACGGAACCUCAAGGCGAAGAUCAGUCAACUCGACCGCGAGUCCUUUACGCAGCAGGAGAUCCUCUACAAUGUUGAGUUCAAUGUGCAGCAGAUGGAGCGCAAGGUGAACCGGACGAAGGGGGAGCGGACGGAGGAUGAGCGCAACCGCCUGAACGAGAAGAUUGCGGCGAUGCAGAGCACACUGGACGACCUGUGCACGCAGCAGCGUGCGUUAGACACGCAGGUGAAGCGAGUGCGGGAGGAGGCGCGACAGGCGAACCUGGAGGUGGCGAGGAUGCGGGAGCAGGAGAAGAGCACAUGCGACAAGGCGCUGCAGCUGCGUCUUGAGUGCAACAGCUGCGCAGUGGAGUUGCGUAAGCUGCGCAGGGUGCGGGAGGAUGAGUUGGUGCGUGUGGACACACAGGAGCUGCAGCUGCAGGGGCUGAAACGCACACUGCAUCAGCGUAGCGGCGAGCUGAGCGACAUUGAAGGGCAAAAGAGACAGCUGUCGGUAGACGUGUCCCAGCGGGUCUCGGAGAUUGCCGUGCAUCACGAAAUCCUCAAGAUGGAGGCAAAGCUUGCGGAGGAGGAGCGUCGGCGACUUGUCGCCGAGCUGCAGGAACGCCAGAGAAGCCUCGGGGCGCUGCGUAACCGCUACGAUGUGCGUGUGGGCCGCAUGGAUCCGGAUCAGGCGCACCUGACGCAGGUGCAGCUUGUGGUGGAGGCGGCAAAGGAACGUGAGGCGCUGCAACACAAGGGCGACGCGCUGGACGCACGUGUGGCGCGACUGGAGCGUGACCUUCUGAAGCUGGAGCGGACGCUGCAGGUCAUACGGGCAAGCAACUCGAACUACCGCCAUAUGUUUGACCGGGUGCAGGACAACGAUGCGGAGGAGAAGACGAGACGGGCUCUGGAGGCGAAGCGGCGGGAGCUCAAGACCUUCAUCAGCCGGCGCGCGCUGGAGGCGAGCGAGUACCAGGAGGUGUUGCACGGCAGGGCGUCAGAGCUGCAGCAGGUGGCGGAGCGGAAGGAACGGACGCUAAAUGCCGUGGAGGAACUGCGGCAGGCGUGCGAGCACGCGCACGGGACCAUCCUUGAAGGCAGAGAGACAAUUAUCCGCUACAACCAGGCAAUCAACAAGGCCCGUGGUGCUGUUACGUCGGAGGUGGCGGCAGAUGUGGAGCUGCAGGAGAGGCGGCAACGACACGAGGCGGCCGUGGGUCGUAUGCUGCAGCUGUUGCGGCGACACAGCGAGGCUGCAGGCGAGACGGCACAUGCGCUUUUGAUGGAGCGAUUGGGUGCCGUCUGA